CCUCCGUGACUCUCGUGCGUGCAAAUUGCCAUAAUCCGUGCCGAACGUUGGUUUUUGCAAAAUUGCAAGUUUCUAACAAACACACACCUCGUAUUCGAUUCGGUUCUUCCUCCAUUCCCCCCCAUCCUGGUCUAUUACUUACAUUCUAUACCUGGUAGCUAACAAUGAGACUCUUCCUCCCCACAGCCGCAGCUCUGCUGCUGGCUUCUCCUACGAUGUUCUCGGGAGCACAGGCCCAAGGGUCCUCGAGCAUCACGGGACCCGAGCUCGCUUCUCGCAAGCGUCGUGCGAACAGCGACAGUAAGAGCAACGCGAGUUCCGAAGAGAAGCGCGGCCUCGACUUGAUCCGUUCGUACAACGAAGAACUCCUCCGCUACCUGCAGUUGACGACUGCGGACGAGAACAGUCUUGUUCCCACGCCCGGACCCACUCUCGCCGGGGCCGAAGUUCCCACCGAAGCUCCUCUCGUUCCUUCGGAGUGCAUCGUUGAUGUGGACAUUACGUGCACUCUCGGAGGCUCUGGAUUACCCUGCGAGUCGCUUACGGCUCCUCCCUUGGGAAUCUGCGUCCCCGCGGACGGAUCGGACCUUUCCAUUGUCACCUUCGAGUUUCAGAGCACACCGUGCGCGGGAGGCGAUAACGAUCAAGGGACAGACGCCGUCUGUUCGGAUGUCGGUCCGGGUGUCCCACCCUCGGGUGCCGACGUCUCUAUUGUCUGUGAAGACAACGCUGAGAUGAGUGCCAUUGUACUGACGGUGACUCCCAGCUCUGGAAUCACAGCGGGAGACACCUUUACCGUCGAGGAAAUGAACGGAGGACCGCUUCCCUUGAGUAUGGUAUGCACGAUUUCGGACACUGGCUCCGGUGCUGUCCUGCAAACCAACACGUUUGAUCUUUCCGGAGAUGUCAGUUUGGACCUCAAGGAUUCCUUCGGAUCACUCAUUUUGGUCUCGUGCAACGAUGUUACCUGCAUUGAAGAAUUGAACUUUGUCUACAACCUCAGCAAUGUAGGACCGGAUUCCAUGACCUUCCUCGAUCUCUUCCGUGACUUCAAUGGAGUGGCGGAGAAUCUGGUCUCACAAGUGACUCCCAACCCAUUGCUCCCCGGACAAAGCACCUCCGUUUCGGAAGAAUUCACCAUUGACGUCUGUACUCCUGGACUUUUUCGGAUCAGUAUUGCGGUAGAAGCAGAGCCAGCCAACGGGCCCGUUUGUCUCGCGGACGAUGUCAUCGAGUUCAGUAUCAACGAGCGUCCGACCACUCCUACAACUCCUUGCAGUGACCUGGUUGCAUCGUCCGGUGGAAUCUGUGAAGUUGUCCUUGACUUCGUGUAUACUUUCGAGAACGUGGGUCCCAACGCCUUUACAGUGACCGCCAUAUUCAGGAAAUUCAACACUGUGACUAACGAUAUCGUUGAUCAAUUGACUCCAAACCCGUUAGCUGCUGGUGUUAUGACGACGAUUUCAGAGUCGUUCACUAUUGACGUCUGUAUUCCGAAUCGCGUUUACCGUGUGACUCUUGACGCCGAAGCUGAACCGGAAAAUGGACCUUUCUGCCAGGACAAUGAUAUUUACGAGUUUAUCAUUGGCAAUGGAAGCACCCCUACCUCUAAGGGAGGCGUCCCAACGUCGAAGGGAAGCGUUCCCACCCCUUCGGCUAAGACUGGUGUCCCAACUUCUAAGGGAGAUGUACCCACUUCUGGUAUUGACGUCACCGAAAAGUCUGGUAUGCCCAACCCCAAAUCUGGUAUGCCCAACCCCAAAUCUGGUGAAAAUUCUGUCGGUUCCGGAACGCGGCGAAGAGGCCGUCUUCUAAGAGAUCUCCAGUAGAUCCUGCUCGAAGCCGUUACUGACUGUGAAUGGACGAAUGUGGUAGUUGAGGACGGUUACACAUUUCGUCAAAAUUUUUUGUCGUUCAUACUCGAGUUCUUUGAAUUCAUGAGUGUGAUCAGCUGUUGAAAACAUUUGAAUGCCCGUGAUGUCUGUCAGUACCCUUCAACACUCAUAUGCACAACACGAUAGUAGAUGAAUUAAUCGUUUUAUAAGAAUAGCUUAAUCAAGCCAA